AUGGAAUAUAUUAUAAAAAAUGAAAAAGAACUUAGUUUUAUAAAAAAUGCAGAAUUAAAUGUAUUCAACGUAGAUAAUAAUAAAAUAAAUAAUAUUCAUAAUAAUGUGACUUCUGAGUUAUGUAUUAAUAAUUUUAAUGUAUUAUAUAAUAAUGAUACAAUAAAGAAAAUAGAACAAAAAGAAAAAGAAAAAAAAAAUGGGGAUAUGAUAGAGGAACAAGAAGAUAAUUAUAGAAAUAGGCCAAAUAUAAUAAAUAAAGAUAAUCAGCAUAACCAAGAGAAUAUCAUAAAAAAUGAUAUAACAUAUAAGAAUAAUACUAAUAAUAUUUUCUCUAAUGCUUUUAAUAAUAAUAAUAAUAAUAA